UGGCUGGGAUAGCGAGGGGUGGGGAGGGGGGAAAGGAGGGGAGACGGUUGUAGGGCUCUUGCUAGUGCCCGAGCCUGUGCGGCCUGAGGGGCGCGGAGACUCAGGGGGAGGGAGACGGCAGCAGCAUGGCGGCGGGGUAUGAGCCGCCCAACCCUCCUCUUCCCCGCUGUCGCCGCCGUCGCCGCCGGAGUCGCUGGGACCCUUUAGUCUGCGUGUGUUAGUUGUAAGCCCGCUGCCCGCCCGUCAGCCCUCUGGCCCACCCGCCCUCCUCCCUAUCUCUGUCAGUGGCAGCCCGAGGGUCGGGCGGGCCGGAUAAAACUCCCUCUCCCACCCCGCCCACAAGCCUCGGGGCCCGGACCAUGGAGGACGUGAAGCUGGAGUUCCCCUCGCUCCCGCAGUGCAAAGAAGACGCCGAGGAAUGGACCUACCCUAUGAGACGAGAGAUGCAGGAAAUUUUACCUGGAUUGUUUUUAGGCCCAUAUUCUUCUGCCAUGAAAAGCAAGCUACCUAUUCUACAGAAAUAUGGAAUAACCCAUAUAAUAUGCAUAAGACAAAAUAUUGAAGCAAACUUUGUUAAACCAAACUUUCAACAAUUAUUUAGAUAUUUAGUCUUGGAUAUUGCAGAUAAUCCAGUUGAAAAUAUAAUACGUUAUUUUCCCAUGACUAAAGAAUUUAUUGAUGGAAGCUUACAGACUGGAGGAAAAGUUCUUGUCCAUGGAAAUGCAGGGAUCUCCAGGAGUGCUGCCUUUGUUAUUGCAUACAUUAUGGAAACAUUUGGAAUGAAGUACAGAGAUGCAUUUGCUUAUGUUCAAGAAAGAAGAUUUUGUAUUAAUCCUAAUGCUGGAUUUGUCCAUCAACUUCAGGAAUAUGAAGCCAUCUACCUAGCAAAAUUAACCAUACAGAUGAUGUCACCACUCCAGAUAGAAAGGUCAUUAUCCGUUCAUUCUGGACCCACAGGCAGUUUGAAGAGAACACAUGAAGAAGAAGAUGAUUUUGGAAACAUGCAAGUGGCAACUGCACAAAAUGGCUGACUCGAGAGCAAGAUUACACAGGAUGUGAAUUUCUAUUUGGGAAGGAGAAAAUACUGGAGACAACAAUAAUGUAAAAUGGUAAAAAUACAAGUAGUUUUUUUUUUUUUUUCAAUUAUAUGUUGCUUCCAGACGUGUUUCUCUGCAACUUGUUAAGCAACAUUUUAAGAAGAUGUUGGACUUCUGCAAUAGAUGGCACUGAUGGUUUUACUCCUUUUUUCUUUUCUUUUUCCUUUCUUUCUUUCUUUUUUUUUUUUUUUACACUUUACAGUUUUAUUAUAAACCAAGAAUUUUGGACUUGCAAAGAGGUAUUAUUGCAAUAAUGCACUUUUCAUACUUGAAAUUUAUUUGUAUGAUAUAAAGUUAUUACUUUAAACAAAAUGCAAGUUAGGGGGGAUUUGUUUAUAAAAUCUGGGUAAUUUAUAAUGAGAAUUUCCUAAAGUUUGCUAAAAAUUCCUUUUGUGUUCUAUAUAUUACAUUUUAAAAAUAAUUUUACAGUUCACUUUUAUGAUGGAACCUCUUAUGGAAACAUUAGCAAAUGCAGAAAUCUGCCACAUACCUGUUUUAGUAUAAUUCAGUAGCUUCAUUACCCUUUUAUUUUUUUAAACUUCUUUAUCCCUUAUUAAUAAUCUUUGAAUCAUGACAUUAGCCAACUCUUCUUACUUUAACAUGAUCCAAGUAUUGCUUCUAUUCCUAUUAUCUUCGUAAUUUGUUUAUUCUAAAGAAAAAAAGUAUAAUGAACAGAGGAAGAUGUUUUGCUUGGUGAUACCAGAUGCUAAAAAACAAGGAGUUUUAGACUUUUGAGUGACUUACCUUUUUUCCUUAACAGCCAAAUGUUGUGUUUGUUCUUUUUAGAGUUGCCUACCCCAUUUUUUCUCUGUCCAAAAUAGUUCGAAAUAGAAUAUAAUAACCAAUGUAGCACUAUUUUUUUUCUAAAUGAAGCCCAAAAGAGAAAAGUGCCUUGCAUUAUUAAAAAAUUAAAAAUAAAAAAAUAAAUCUUCACGACCUCUAAAUUAGUAUGUAUAACGGUGAAAAGUUUUUAACGUUCUUUUGUAAUUUCUUUUUCUUUUUAACCACAAAUUAGUUAAAACAGAGUCUGCGGCUUAAAGAAACCUCAGUAAGUUAUUAAUGUGAAAUAUUUACUCCUUCAUUUUAUGUUGUCUUAAUGAGUCUGUGAGGUUGUUCUGGCUCAGAUAGCAGCUUUUCUUGAAGAUGUAUUUAUUGGGGAAAGUGGUUUGUGGGAAACCUCAUUGUAUUUAAAAUUAGUGUUUUAAUUCUUUACAUUGAGUUAAUCCAAAUUUCCCCCAUAAUUUGCAUUAACAAAGUCACUUUAUGGAUCCUUAAUUCUCCAUAUUUUUAUUUAUACAUAUAAAGAUUGUUCUAAGAAAAACAUUUUUGCUAUUUUAAGUAUGCCAUGAGGGAGGAGAGGAGUGUUUUUAACUUUUUAUAGUUGAUUUAGGGUAGCACAAACAAAACUCCUUUAUAUCUCAUUUUUCAGUCCUCUCUUGAGGUGCUUUACUGAUGGGAAUGAUUUCCAUACAUUCCCUUGGUACCAUCAGGUACUAUGCAAGGUAACCCAUUACACCAAGUUACUUGUUUUGCUUUCCUCCCUACAAUGUAAUAUAAUACAGUAAAAAAGGUUUUUUUUUAUCCAGCAUAGCAGGAGAGUGGAAAUGAAUUAAAAUUGUUUUAUUAACUAAGAGUUAAUUCCUAUUGACCGAGGUGGUAUUCUUCUGAUUCCUUUCUCUUCCCCUAUUUUACCACCCUGAGAAGAGCCUAUGAUUAAUCCCACUGUGGUCUUGUAUUCUGUUGUGUGAUUAGGUCAUGGUGUGGUAGUCCAGUAGAGUCAAGAUUUGCAUUGUGUUCAGAAAUUCCACUUGGCAGAAUGCCAGAUAACACAGCUUUCCUGUAUAUAGAUUACUAUAUAGGUCAGCAAAAACCUCUCUUGCAACCUAAUAAUCUGUGAUGCUUCUUCAUUCAGCAGAAACUCUGCUUAAAAGAAUCUUCAUAAUACUACAUUUAGGUUUUAAAAUGAGGGAGUUAAGAUUUUUAAAAUUAGUUUCUUAAAUACACAUAUCCUCUCUAGUCUGGCCAAAAAUACAGAUUUGGUUAUUUAUUAAUUUAAAGCUGGUAAUUUUCCACUUUUUCUAACCACUGUAAUUUUUAUGUUGUCACUGAAGUGCCUGCCCAGCACUGUAUAUUAAAGACUGUCUCUUGAACACUAGGAAAAGGGACUAUCAUCUUCUUGAGUACAGUACUAAUGGGGACAAAACAUGAAGUUUAUUUUUCUUUCAUGUAAGAACACCCCAAGUUUGUUUUACCUAAAUUCAACUAGUUCUGGUAGCUCUUCUAGUCUUUCUUCUGUUUGGUUCCAUUUCUGUUAAUUCUUUUAUUUCUACAGAUGUUUUGUGAUAAUUACCUAUAAUACAUUUAACCAAUCAUGACUUUUUUUCCAGACUAUUUGAAUAAUGUAUGAGUGAUGUAGCACCUAAUUUUAGACAUUAAAUAUGUUAUCUGGGCAAGGAUUUAAACUGAAAUUGCAGGAAAACUGCUUUACUGUCCACGUUAAAAGUAUGAAACAAGUAUUGAAAAUAUUCAAACUGGAAUGGCAGUAUUCUUCUAAUUUUAAUUAGUUCAUGUUAAUUUCUUAUCUAUUAUGUGUUUAAAGAGCAGUUACCUUUAUUUGUAUCUACUCUAUGGUGGAAAUGUUAAACCAUGAUAGCUUCUGGCUUCUGAUACCAACUCUCAACCACUUAACUUUUACAGCAGAAUAUUUGUUUUGGGGGGAGGGGGAUUUUGUGCUUCAUAUGAGUUUAGAAGUAAUGUCAGAAAAUGUUAAGCAUGUCCUUUUUAAGAAAAUAUAAGGUUUCUAAUUGUCUAAUUACCAUGGUAAUUCAAGUGAAUUAGAAGUAUUUAACUGCAAUCUUGAAUUAUAAAGUUGGGAUGCAUAUAUAUAUAUAUACACACACACACACAUAUAUAUCAGGAUCUCAACUUGAUGUAAAGUAAAUGAGCAGUUACCUGGCGGAUUUUUUUUUUUUUUAUAACUGGUUUAAUCCAUAAUUCCAUAACAAACUUAGCUUCACUUCAGUAUUUACUUUAUCUUUGUCCAUCCAAACAUGCUCUAAUAUGGAAAUGAUAGGAAAUGACUAAGAUUACUAAAAGAUUUUAUUUUAUUUUUAGAAAGAUAAGUUUCUAGGAUCUUUGAAUGCUGGAUUUUUUUUGUCUUACCCAUCCAUGGCAGCUAAAAAAAAAAAAAAAUCAAAAUAUUCAGGUUUACAUGUUAGCUCUCUCAUAGGGAGUUGCCAUACCUCACAGUUCAAAGUGUAUUCUAUAGAUCAGUAACAUUAUACUGACAUGUAAUUGCAAUUUACUAUGCAGCAAAAAUGAUUCAAGAAGAAAAAUAACCUACAGUGUCUAUUUACCUUUGUAUAGGGAAUUGCUUAAGUUACUCUGCUUUUAACAUUUGUACUUGGAUAAAAUGCUUAUGUAUGUAUAGGAAUGUCACAGUGCAAGAUGCUGCUAGCCCAGGCACAAAGUAUUAAAAUUAUUUUGUGAAGAUUGGUGGUUGUAUUAAAACUGUUGUGCCAUUAUACCUCAAAAA